AUGCCGCAUGCCGGCGCGGCCUCAGGCCAGGCGCUUGUUGCCCGCGAGCGGUCGGGCGCUGACUACCCUGCGCACGGCUUCCUUGCGGCAGAGGCGUCGGCAGGCGCCGCCUCGGCCGCCGCCAGCUUCGGCCCCGAGCUCAGCAGCGGCGCGCUCGCCUCAGUCGCCGCCGCGGCGGCCCGCGGCGGCCCCCAAGGCGCGGCGCUGGGCGUGCUGCUGCAGCGCAUGCAGUCUGAGCAGGCUGCGCUCCGCGCUGACCUGGCGCGCCAGGCGGCGACGCUCGACACGAUCGCGGCCGGCCGCCGCGCGGCGGUGGAGCAGCGGGACGCGGCGUGGGAGGAGCUGCGGCACGCGCGCGGCGCGAUGGGCCUGGCGAGUCCGCAGCAGCAGCGGCAGCAGCAGCAGCAGCACCACCACCACCACUCCCACUCCCACCACUCCCACCAGCACGGCUCGGGAUCGGCGGGGUUGUUGGGCGAGCCGAGCGCUGCAAACAGCUGCGGCGCGCAGCAGCUGUCCGCGUGGCGCGAAGAGGAGGAGUGGGGCCCAGAGGGCGGGCAGCUGCGGGCGUCUGGUUCCUGCCUGGACGGCGGAGGGCGGUGCACAGACAGCCGGCAGUUCGUCGUCGAGUCGUUCCUGGUGGGCGGCUGCGCGAGGCACGCGGGCGCCAUCAUGCUGGCCCUUGCACUCGCAGCUGGACCGAUGCUGCGUUCGAGCGCUCGCCUGCUGGCGUUUCUGAAGGUGUAUGGGACCCUCAGGGACGAGAUCGUGGAUGAUGAGCUGUUUGCAGGGCAGCCUGCGGAUGCCAAGGCGUGGCUGCGUGAGAUGCUGGACUACAAUGUGCCGGGAGGCAAGCUGAACCGCGGGAUGGCGGUGUACGACGUCCUGGCGGCCAUGAAGGGUCCAGAGAACCUGUCUGUUGAGGACAUAUUCCAGGCAAACGCCCUGGGCUGGUGCAUCGAGCUGGUGCGCAUUGGCUGCUGGUGA